AUGUACGCUGCCGCCUCUUUCUUGUUGGCCACCGCUAUCGGUGCGCUUGGUGUUCCUGCUACAGUAUCUGAAUUCAACGACCUCUCACUUCGAACGAUUCAGUUCUCGAAUGAACAUAUCGAAAAGCUCCCUAUUGCAGCUAUUGAAUCGCUACGCUUCGCACCUGCUCUUCCGCGCCCACUCUCCUCGGACUCGCUAAACGCCGCCCGAGCCUCGAUAGCCAACAUCUCCAUUCUCACCGCUACCACUAUCUCGGACGAAGCAAUUGAAGAGCUCCAGGGCCGAUACGAGCGUAAACUCUGGGGUCCAGGAUAUGUCGAUAUUACCGAUUCGGGACCGUCGUCUUCGAUCAAGUCGAGAGCAGUCGUCGCUCCCAACUAUCCUACCCCCAAUCCCUCCGCCCACCCGGAACUUACUCCGAUGUUGGCCAUGGUUACCGCGUCCGAAAUAAAGUCGUACGUGAGCCAAUUAUCGACUGGUUACGCGACGCGGUACUACAGGAGCACGAACGCCCGGGCUCCGUCCCUUUGGAUCCAGUCCCAGUUUGCUUCGUGGCUCGGAACUUCCCAAGCCAAGCUGGCGGAGAACUCGUUCAACCAGCCCAAUGUCAUCGGCCGUAUCGAGGCCAAGUCCGGGAGCGCGAGCGCCGGCAUCGUCAUUCUCGGCGCGCAUUUGGACUCGACCAGUCAAUCGGCCUCUUCCUCUGCACCAGGAGCUGACGACGAUGCUUCGGGUGUUGCGGUGAUGAUGGCCAUUAUGCGCAUUCUCAAGGCCAACAAUUAUCAGGGCACUUAUGCUAUCGAAGCUCACGCUUACGCCGGUGAAGAGGGUGGCUUGCUUGGUGCGAAAACGCUCGCCGCUUCUUAUAAAUCGGCCGGCAAGACCGUCCGAGGUAUGCUGGACUUUGAGAUGAUUGGUUACCAACCCAACACUUCCAGCAACUCUGGGAAAUCUAGCACGAUCACUGUCUUGUCGGACCCUGUCAGUGCUAUGAGCACCCAUAUGACCAACGUCGUCAAGGCUUAUGUACCGACGGCUGAGAGGCGGAGCGUUAGCUGUGGUUACGGAUGCAGUGACCACUAUGCAUUCUACGAUGCAGGGUAUCCUGUCGUCUGCAUUGCCGCCUAUGGGCCCAAUGAUGGCAACCUCAACCCCAACUAUCAUCGCACAACAGAUACCAUCGACAAGCUGAACUUUGACAAGGGUGUCGACUUUGUAAAAGCUGGGCUCGCUUGGGUUGUUGAGGUAGCUGCCUAA